GCUGGGGGGAGGGGAAGUCUCAGGCGACCGUCUCUCGUCCCACAGCUGGGACUAGACUCUCCCGCUGCAGAAGUGGUGCUGCCACCGCCGCUGCUUUAGACCUGUGCCACCCAUCCUGGAGCCUGAGGGGUCCGGAGUCGCGGGCUCAGGCGUUCGGAGUCUCUGCACCGCGUCCUUAGAGACCCCGAAGCACAGGCUUCCGCGUGCAGGCUAGAGGACCCCAGAUACUCAGGUGCCCAGCGCCUCCUCCUGGAGCCAGGAGUCCAGGACAUCAGCCCCGCGCGACCCUGGAGGGCAAGCUUCUUGCACCCCGGGUUGAAGAAUUUAGGGUCCCAAACCGGAGAUUCCGUCCCAGGGUUCCCAGAAAUCCGAACCCAAGACUCCCGUGGUUGGACGAAUUUGAGUUUUGGACUGCUAGCGCCCCAACCAGUUUGUUUUGGGCAGAAGCGCCCACUACUUCAGGGGGACCCAGGAAUUUGGGACUCGCCUGCACUGCCACCUGGAAGUGGUUUAAUUCCUGCUCCUAGAGUUAGGGGAACUCGGGAAUCCAAGCCACUCACUGCCCUAUCCAGAAGUCUCAGGAAUGUGGGUCCCCAGUAGCCCCAUCUGAGACUCAAGUGUCAGGCUCCCAGCAUCCUCCAUUUACAGGACCAAGAAAUUCGGACCGCUGCACCCCGUUUUCCAAAAGACCUCGGAUUCUGGUUCCCGGAGCCUGAGAGCCCGAAGUUCACACCCUUGACUUGCUGAGAGACCCGGGACCCAGGAGUGCGCUCUGCGUCUCCCCCGGGACCAUGCCAGGGGUCCAAUAGGAGCUGGGCUGCCUCGGUUCGGGCCGGAGACUCCCCGAGAAGCCGCUGAGCCACUCAGCCAUGCCAGAGGGAGCCCGUGGACUGAGCCUGUCCAAACCCAGCUCGCCCGUUGGCCCCCACCACAGAAGUGAAGUGUGUGACUGUGCAGCUGUGUGUGAGACUCCGACAGCAGCCUCCACAACCCCUGCUAUGGCCUCCCCUCGAGGUUCUGGGAGCUCCACAUCCCUGAGCACAGUGGGCUCUGAGGGGGACCUGGCCCCAGGGCCCACCCCUGCCUGCUCAGCCUCCAGGCCAGAGCCCCUUCCAGGGCCCCCCAUCCGCCUGCAUCUGUCGCCUGUGGGGACCCCUGGUUUGGUGAAACCCUCGAGGCUGGAGCGUGUGGCCCGUGAGAUUGUGGAGACAGAGCGGGCCUAUGUCCGGGACCUCCGCAGCAUUGUGGAGGACUACCUGGGCCCCCUGCUGGAAGGCGGGGUCUUGGGGCUGAGCACAGAGCAGGUGGGCACACUGUUUGCAAACAUCGAGGACAUCUACGAGUUCAGCAGCGAGCUCCUGGAGGACCUGGAGGGCAGCAGCGGUGCAGGGGGCAUUGCAGAGUGCUUCGUGCAGAGGAGCGAGGAUUUUGACAUCUACACAUUGUACUGCAUGAACUACCCGAGCUCUCUAGCCCUGCUCCGGGAGCUGUCACUGUCUCCGCCAGCAGCCCUGUGGCUGCAGGAGCGCCAGGCCCAGCUCCACCACUCGCUGCCCCUGCAGAGCUUCCUGUUGAAACCUGUUCAGCGCAUCCUCAAGUACCAUUUGCUGCUGCAGGAGCUAGGCAAGCACUGGGUGGAGGGCCCAGGCACCGAAGGCCGCGAGAUGGUGGAGGAGGCCAUCGUGUCCAUGACAGCGGUGGCCUGGUACAUCAAUGACAUGAAGCGCAAGCAGGAACAUGCUGCACGCCUCCAGGAAGUACAGCGGCGGCUGGGCGGCUGGACGGGCCCGGAGCUCAGUGCUUUCGGGGAGCUGGUGCUAGAAGGCUCAUUCCGAGGUGGCGGAGGGGGCGGGCCCCGACUUCGAGGGGGUGAGCGGCUGCUCUUUCUAUUUUCACGGAUGCUGCUCGUGGCCAAACGCAGGGGACCGGAAUACACCUACAAGGGUCACAUCUUUUGCUGCAACCUGAGUGUGAGCGAGAGUCCUCGUGACCCUCUAGGGUUCAAGGUGUCCGAUCUGACCAUUCCCAAGCACAGGCACCUGCUCCAGGCCAAGAACCAAGAGGAGAAGAGGCUCUGGAUUCACUGUCUCCAGCGCCUCUUCUUUGAGAACCACCCUGCCUCUAUCCCAGCCAAGGCAAAACAAGUUCUUCUUGAAAACAGCCUGCACUGUGCUCCUAAAAGUAAGCCUAUCCCAGAGCCUGCAACACCCCUACUUGGGUCUCCCCAACCUCGAGAUGCUAGAAGUUUCACUCCUGGACAAAGGAACACAGCUCCAUCUCCAGGCCCCUGCGCUAUCCGUCGUGGCCGCAGACAGUCUGAGCCAGUGAAGAACCUUUAUGUCACAUUUCCACAGAAUGCUAAGCCUAGACUCAAGCAUACUGGCAGUGAGGGGGAGCUCUACCCUCCCUUAGAGCCUCAGCCACCAGGUCCAGCUUCUGGACCCCCCGAGGACUUGGAGGACACUGAACCCCCAAUGCUGGACCCCUCUGGGACCUCAAUCACUGAAGAAAUCCUGGAACUACUGAAUCAAAGAGGCCUCCAGGAUGCGGGGUGCCCACUACAGGCACCGCCCCACGACAUUCCCAAGUUCCCAGGAGACUCCCAGAUGCCAUGUGAAGGUGAAAGCGUCACAUUCCCCGCCCUGCCCAGCCGGGACUCUUCAGAAGAGGAGGAGGAAGAGCUGGAAAUGGACGACCGGGGCCCUUCCCCACUCCACGUGCUAGAGGGACUUGAAAGUUCCAGUGCCGCUGAAGUUCCCGACAUUCCUAGCCUUACCAAAAACCCUGCCGUGCCCAGCCUCCCUGAAAUUUCCAGCCUUUCUGAAAUUCCCCCCAUUCCCCACCUUCCCAGUCUCUCCGACAUUUCCAGUGUUUUUGAAAUGCCCUGCCUUCCAGUCAUACCGACUGUCCCCAGCAUGCCUGGUCUUCCCAGCCCUGCCGCCCUCCCCCGGGACUCCUGGCUGCCGGGCCCUCUGCAGGAGCCAGACGAGGCUCUAGCCACCAGGAGGGACCUGCUCUCGGCUGGCAGUUCUGGAGAACUGGGAGAGCCCACCUCAGGUGGCAGGGCCAGGAAAGAGGAAGAGGAGGAAGGGGUAUCAUUUCCAGAUUUCCAGCCCCAGGACGGCAUCCGGAAUCCUGGAUUUCAGGAUGAGCUGGGAUUCCGCUCUUGCUCAGAAAUCCGGAGCGCCUGGCAGGCUCUAGAGCAGGGCCAGUUGGCCCGGCCGGGUUUCCCAGAACCGCUGCUGAUUCUGGAAGAUUCAGACCUGGGUGGAGGGAGUGGGAGUGGGAAGGCUCGAGCUCCCAGCGUGGAGCGGGCUGCGUCCCGAGUGCGAGAGUUGGCCCGGCUUUACAGCGAGCGGAUCCAGCAGAUGCAGCGGGCUGAGACGCGGGCGUCGGCCAAUGCGCCCCGCCGCCGGCCACGGGCACUGGCCCAACCGCAGCUGUCUCCCUGCCUGCUCCAUGAGCAGGCCGAGCCAGGGCCCCUGCCUGCCUUUGGACACGUGUUGGUAUGUGAGCUGGCCUUCCCACUGACUUUGGCCCAGGAAUCUGUCCCCCUGGGCCCCGCUGCCCAGGUUCAAGCUGCUGCACCCCUGUCUAAGCAGGGAGGCUGCCUGGGUGGCCAGGGUGUAGAUGUUUCCAGUUUGUCUGAACAAGACCAUCGGGGCACCCAGAUUCCAGCUGCUACCCCUCUUCCUGAGCAAGUCCUCUGCAACAUCCAGAUUCCAGCCACCGAACCUUUUCCCAAGCAGGAAGGCCCCCCACGUGUGCAGGUUCCAGCUAUUCCAGCUCCACCUGAUCAAGAAGGUCACCUGGAAACACACGUUCCUGUUACCACUUCUUUGCCUGAGCAUGGAAGCCACAGGGAUAUACAGCUUCCAGCUGCCAUCUUUUCCCUUCAGCAAGAAUGCCAGACAGACAGCCAAGUUCCAGCCACCCCAGCUUUGCCGAAGCAGGGAAGCUCUCACGUCACAGUUUUAGCCACCACUGUUACUCCCAAGCAAGAAGGCCACCUUGACUGCCAGAGCCCAGCCAACACCCCAUUAACUAAGCAGGGAGGUUCCAGGGAGGUUCGGUCCCCAGCCACUGGCUGCAUCCAAGCCGUUGACCCUUUGCUUCUGCUUGGAAGCUGCCUGGACCAUCAGAUCCCAGCCAACACCCCACUGCCCUUGGAACCUGACCUCCCAGACAUUCAGGUUCGGGAUACCUCACCUUUGCCUGCACAUGGGGGCCACCUAGACCAUCAGAUCCCAGCCAGUGCUCCAUUGUCUUUGCCCCAGGACCUCCCAGACAUUCAGGCUCCAGCUGCCACCGUUUUGUCCCAGCCCCAAGGCCUCAUGGACACACGGGUCCAAGCACUCCCACCUUUGCCCAAGCAGGGAAGCCUCCUAGACAUCCAGGGUCCCACUGCUGUACCUUUGCUCCAGGAGCAAAGCCUCACAGACCUCCAGGUCCUCGAACCUACACCUUUGGUGGAGCAGAAGAGCCUCACAGACAUCCAUGUUCCAGCUGCCAUCCCUCUGCCUGAGCAAGGAGGCUUGUGGGACAUUCAGGGCCUGUCCCCCACCCCAGUUCAGACCACUGUGGUUUUGUCCAGACCAGGUGGCCACUCGGUUUCUCCUAUCGCCAGGUCAGAGUCUUCAGACUUGACUCCACCCCACAGUCCCCCACCCCCAACCCGUCAGCUCCUGGGCCCCAAUGCAGCUGCUCUCUCAAGAUACCUGGCAGCCUCAUACAUCAGCCAGAGCCUAGCUCGGCGGCAAGGGCCUGGACGAGAGGCCUCCCAAGCUUCCCGGGGUCCCUGGUCCUCCUCUGCCCCCACAUCACGGGCACCUUCACCACCACCCCAGCCCCAGCUGCCUGCGACUAGAAGGCUCAGCUAUGCCACCACAGUCAACAUCCAUGUUGGGGGUGGCGGGCGGCUACGGCCAGCCAAGGCCCAGGUCAGGUUGAACCACCCUGCUCUGUUGGCCUCCACCCAGGAAUCGGUGGGCCUUCGCAGAGUCCAGGGGGCUCCUGAUGCCCCUUUCCACAUGUGAGCCAGGAUAUCGGGCUUCUUGAAAAGCAAGGACUUCAGCCAAAUGCCACAGACUCUCAGAACUUCACCCGGAAGUCCAGACACUGAACACAAGUCUAAAAUUGCUGCAGCUUUUCCAACUCGGGGUCUGCUUUGGCGAGUGGUCCUUGUUACUUACCUUAACUCAA